CCAAGAUGGCGGCAGAGCGAACAGCCGGCUCGCGCAGUGACUGACAGACAGACCAGAAUCCUCGCGGACAGCUAACGGUUAAUCUCUGAGACAGAAACACUGACUAAAAACAUCACCCGUAAAGGUCACGUCAUCGUUUUUCGGUACCGACGGUGCAGUGAUGAAACAGCACCGGUAGACGACACCGGGGGAAGUUGUGUGUGAGAGGACUAAUUUGCCGUCCAGAAGAAGCGGGGCAGCCGGCGGUAAUGGGAAAUGAUGGAGGACAAAGGCCCUCGUGUAGCCGACUACUUCGUGGUUGCCGGUCUGACCGAUCCGUCCACGCCGUUGGACCAGGAGAUCCACUUUGAUGACGUGUGCCACAAGUCGGCCAAGCCUAAGGCGCCCAUCACCGAUGUGGCGGUGGUGAUCCGUUCCAUGGGCGAGGAGGCGCCGCCUGGGUUCACCUGCGUAGAGGAAACGCCAACAGGCCAUUCAGCUGAUCUGAACAAUGGCGGCCUCAUGGUGCCCCAGAUCUUCCUCUGCUACCGGAGAGGUCGCGACAAGCCGCCACUCACUGACCUGGGCGUGCUGUACGAGUGGAAGGAGCGUCUGAAGCCGGGCUGCCAGCUCAUCCAGACCACACCCGCCGGUCGCCCAGCCAACAUCAGCGGCAACUCCUCCCAGCGCAUCUAUGUCACCUACCGCCGGGCCCCUGAGAGCCAGCCCCACAGCGCGCUGGCCCUCACCGACAUCUGCAUCAUCAUCCCGAGCAAGGGAGAGACGCCCCCCCACACCUUCUGCAAGGUUGAGAAGAACCUCAACAGCAGCAUGUGGGGCUCCUCCGUCUACCUGUGUUAUAAGAAGUCUGUGGCCAAAACCAACACAAUAGCCUACAAAGCAGGUUUAUUCAGCAGAUAUCCAGAGGAGGACUAUGAGUCAUUCCCUCUGCCAGAGUCUGUCCCUCUCUUCUGCCUUCCCAUGGGAGCCACGAUUGAGUGCUGGCCAGCAAACACCAAAUACUCCCUUCCCGUGUUCUCCACCUUUGUCCUCACCGGAUCCUCUGGAGAGAAGGUGUACGGUGCCGCCAUCCAGUUCUAUGAGCCCUUCCCGCAGGUGUGUCUGACUGAUGCGCAGCGCUCCCAGCUGGGUCUCCUGAGUCCAGAUCCACUAAAACCAGACUGCUCCAACUGUACGGAGACAUUAACCACUAGCCCCACCCGCAGCCCCACCAAAGCCCAGCGCUCCGUCUACACCAACAAGUGCAUCUGCCUGCUCUCCCACUGGCCCUUUUUUGACGCUUUCCGCAAGUUCCUCACAUUCCUCUAUCGCUACUCCAUCUCCUGCCCCCACGCCCUACCCAUCGAGAAGCACAUCUCUCAUUUUAUGCACAAAGUCCCCUUCCCUUCCUCUCAGAGGCCUCGCAUCCUGGUGCAGCUUUCCCCUCAUGACAGCCUGAUGCUGAGCCAGCCAGUGUCUUCUCCCCUGCCGCUCAGCGGUGGUCGAUUUUCCACGCUGCUCCAGAACCUCGGACCAGAGAACGCCGUCACCAUGCUGGUGUUUGCCGUCACCGAACACAAGAUCCUGGUCCACUCGUUACGUCCCGCCGUGCUGACCAGCGUCACAGAGGCCCUUGUGUCGAUGAUCUUCCCGUUCCACUGGCAGUGCCCCUAUAUUCCUCUGUGCCCCCUGGCGCUGGCUGACGUUUUAAGCGCCCCCUGUCCGUUCAUCGUAGGAGUGGACUCCCGCUACUUCGAUCUCUAUGACCCCCCACCAGACGUGAGCUGCGUGGAUCUGGACACAAACACCAUCUUCUACAAUGAAGAUAAGCGAGCCCUCACGUGGAAGAUCCUGCCAAAGAAAGCCUGUAAAAACCUGAUGAAUGUGCUGAGCAAUCUCCACCAGCAGCUGGUCGACGGUCAGCAGCGUCCUGACGGGCUGCUGGAGCUGAGCAUGAGUGAUUUGUCAGAGCUGAACUGCGGUAAGAGCCUCCACACGCUGGAGCUGGAGAUCCAGGAAGCCUUUCUGCGCUUCAUGGCGGCUAUUUUGAAAGGCUACCGCUCAUUCUUGCGACCCAUCACCCAGGCUCCUUCUGAGAAAGCAACAGACGCCAGCUCCCUCUUUGACCUGCAAGGGUUCUUAAAGAGCCGGGACCGCUCCCACCAGAAGUUCUACUCGCUGAUGACCAAAACGCAGAUGUUCAUCCGCUUUAUUGAGGAAUGCUCCUUCGUCAGCGACAAAGACGCCAGUCUGGCCUUCUUCGACGACUGUGUGGACAAACUCUACAAUUCAGAGCGGAGUGCUGACAAAGCAGGCAAGGUGGACGCUGACAGACCGGAGGAGAGCCGGCUGAUAGAGAUUGAUGAGUCUCAGCGCAGCGAGCAUACAGUCUUCAUCACGCCUCCAGAGCUGCCUCCUCUGCCUGAGGGGGAGGAACAUCCACUCUGCUACAGGUACGAUGGUUUCCCAGUGUUAACUCUUGACCUGUUUGACCCUGUGGAGGGCCUGCGGACCCCCUCCUCUCGCCUCACUGCCAGGCACAGCUGUCCCACCAGCCCUGCCCCCAUGUUCAGACGCACCAAGCAGGAGAUCAAAACAGCCCAGAAGAUAGCCAAGAAGUACUCGUCCAUCCCUCAGCUGUGGUCCAAGUGCCUGCUCCGUCACUGCUACGGCCUGUGGUUCAUCUGCCUGCCAGCGUAUGUGAAGGUGUGCCACUCCAAGGUGCGGGCGUUGCGCACGGCCUACGACGUCCUCAGGAAGAUGCAGGCAAAGAAAUUGCAGCCACCUGAUGAGGUCUGUUAUCGGGUACUGAUGCAGCUGUGUGGACAGUAUGGCCAACCCGUCCUGGCAGUCAGGGUUCUCUUCGAGAUGAAGAAGGCCGGAGUCCACCCCAAUGCCAUCACCUACGGCUACUACAACAAGGCGGUGUUGGAGAGCACGUGGCCCUCCAGCACCAGAGGAGGAUACUUCCUGUGGAUGAAGCUGAGAAAUGUAGUUCUGGGAGUGGCCCAGUUCAAACAGGCCCUACGACGACAUGCUACCCACACUCAGAGUCCUCUGUCAGAUGGCAGCGACCUGGACGCUGUGAGUCACGGCAGCCUGGAUAGCUCUGCCGACACUAACCUGGGCCCCUUCGCCACUGACUCGGCCAAAGUAGACCCCACUGAUGAUAAAUCUAGCACAGGAGAUCAAUCAGACCUGGGUUAUAACUCGCUGUCCAAGGAGGAGGUCCGGAGAGGAGACCCCGGCACUCAGGACUCCAAAGAUGACAAGAAGGAGAGCGACUGCAGCUCCUUGUCAGAGACAGAGAGCGCCAAGGGGAGCAAAGACUGCCUCCCUCAGCUGGACAUGGAGCUUCACUCGUCCUUCAAACCCCGCGGCAUUGUGCGCAGCAGCUGUCCGUAUGACGAAUCCUCCUGUAAACCCAAGAGCUCCGUCAGCGCAGGCCAUGUUGCGGGUCUCCUCUUCUCCACAUCCCUGGACGACAUCGGGGAGGUCCACACCAACAGUCGGCUCAGGAAACACAGGAGUGCUCUGGAGGAGGUGGUGGGCAGUGCCGGCAGCGGCUCGGCUCUUGACUGGCAGGGCGUGAGAGGCCGCCAGCUGAGCGGAGACACGGCGGGCAGCAGCGGCAGUGGCACCACUGUCCUGGGCCUGGGUAUGAGCCAGGGGGAAACAGACCCAGAUAAGAUCGCGGGACACAUGGGGGCAGAUGUCAAAAUUCUCUCUGGUGCCAAAUUCAAUCAGAGUGUGAGACCUCGUUCCCUGGCUCUGGGCGGGAUAGAGGGGGCGGCUGCUUCCAGAAACAUUGAUCACAGGGAGGAAGAGGCGGAGGGACAGGACUCCAGCGAUGACGACAGAGGUAACCCUGAGGCCAUUUUUGAUUUGGAGGAUCUGGAUUUAGAUAAGCCUGCCACAGGGGCUGGCAUCAGCUCACACAGAUCCCAUAAGAAACCCGUCGGACGCAGCAUCAGCUACGGUGGCGUGAGCUCCCUGGCGUCCAGAGGAACUGUGAAGCGCACAGACAUACAGACGGGCUACGACCCUCUCUCCUUGCUGGCGGCAGAGACACAGUCCUUGGAGCAAAGUGAGGACCAGUAUCCAGAGGGGGACGAGGACAGCACACCCAGUGCCCGAAGACACCUGGCCAGAGAGAUCGAGCUCUACAUGAACCACAUGGGCAGCCCGCUGAGCAGCAGGACCCCCAGCCUGGAUCUGCAGGACUCCGCCAGCCCCCUCCUCCUUCACCCCUCCUCCCUCUCUGCCCCCCGCAGAGCCAGCCUGCCCCAUAGCUCCCCCCUCAAGGCUGCUGGAUUGCCGCGCUCCCGCACCUUCCACCCGCCCUCGCCAUCCCAGUCCGUCUCCCACCAGCGUCUGUUGUCUUCACCUUCCUGCCGCAGCUCCAGCACAACCCCCAGCGCCAGCCCUCGCCCCAGCCCCUACAGGGAGAGGACAGACAGGAUGAGCCUGGCGUCGCCUUCGCCCUCCUCCUCCUCUUUCGCUCUGGACACUCUGCUCACUCCGACGCUCGAUGUAUUCAAGACCAGUAUGUUCUCCGCUGGGAAGGGCGUGGCAGAAAAGGCGAGCCGCUGGUACUCCCGCCUCUCCACAUACACAACACCUACCAAGGAUGGUCACAGUGAUCGCCUGAGUGUUUCCUCGCUCGGUUUCGGAGAUCCAGACUGCGCCUCGCUGCUGGAUGACGAGGAUUGUGAUGGCUCCUUGAUCUCUCCACAGAGGAACGGCCCCGCGGGGCCCCGCAGGAGCCCCAGACGCAGCCCCCUGCGCAGCAGACAGGACAGCCCCUCUGCAGGCCACAGCCUUGGCAGACCCACAUCUCUGCUCCCUGGAUGUGUGCUCUCACCCCCCGGCUUCCCUCUGCCAGACAGGUCAGACCUCGGCUCUUCACGCUACACCAGCAGCACCAGCAUCUUCAACAAUUACGCCAUGGAGCUGCUGAUCUCCAGCUGUUCCCGCUGUAAGACUUGCGACUGCCUCGUGUACGACGAGGAGAUCAUGGCUGGCUGGACGGCAGAUGACUCCAACCUGAACACUACCUGCCCCUUCUGUGGAAACCCCUUCCUGCCCUUCCUCAACGUGGAGAUCAGGGACAUGCGAGGACCCGGCAGGCUUUUUCUGAAGGGCAGCCCAUCGGUGGAUGAGGAGAUGACCUCGUCGUACUCCACAUCCACGGGUUUGGACACUGGGACGUCCACCUUGUCCACCCCGUGUCCUAAAACAGCUGCCUUUCCUCCCUCCCCUGGGAUUGCUGUCCAGGAGUGUGCAGAGAGUGGAAGGACUCGAUCGACCAAUGCUCAAGGUGUCAACAUCCCGUCUGACCUGCGGCAGGAGGGACCGUCCCCCGGAGGGCACAUUGCCCGCAGCGUCAGUGCCUUUGACCCCCUGGACGAAGCACCAAGGGUCAACCACCGUGUGCAGACGUCAGGCAGCCUGCCCAGCCGCCUGAAUGAAGCCACAGACCCGCUCAAUAUGGAGUGGCGGCUCCACAACCCCGAGCCGGUGACGGUUCCCUACCUGAGCCCGCUGGUGCUGUGGAAGGAGCUGGAGAGUCUGCUGGAGAACGAGGGCGACUCUUCGAUCACGGAGUCCGACAUGGUGGACCACCAUCCCAUCAUCUACUGGAACCUGGUGUGGUACUUCAGACGGCUAGACCUGCCCAGCAACCUGCCCGGCCUCAUGCUCACCUCUGACCACUGCAACAGAGGCUCCCAGGUCCCUCGUCACUGGAUGUCGGAGGACAGUAAACACGUGUUGAUCCAGAUCCUGUGGGACAACCUCAAGCUGCACCAGGACUCCAUCCAGCCUCUCUACAUCCUCUGGAACACAUUCAAUGUGGGUUACCCUCUGUCCCGGCCGGUCCCGGAGGAGGAGAAGCCGUUCAGCGAGGAGCUGCUGCAGAGCGUGGUGAAGAGCAUCCAGAGGAAUGACCUGAGCCGGCCCAUGGCUCAGCUGCUGCAGCUGCUGGCGCACACACUCGGGGUCAAAAGGCAAAGGAGUUUGUACAGAGACAUCCUCUUCCUCUCCCUGGUGGCUCUGGGAAAAGACAACAUCGAUAUUGACGCGUUUGAUCGAGAGUACAAGUUGGCGUAUGACCGCCUCAUGCCGAGCGUGGUGAAGCUGACCCACAACUGUGACCGUCCUCCCAGCACAGGGGUCAUGGAGUGCCGCCGGACGUUUGGGGAGCCUUACCUGUAAACACACACACAUACACACACACGCUCACACACCAGGACGAACUUUCUUCACCCCACAUCAUUGCUUUAAGACGAGCUCAGGAAACCUGUUGGAGACUGUGAAUGUAAAGGGAUCAUAAAAAGACAGUUGACAGCAGUCAGCCUGAAACUAGAAUCAAACUUUAUGUCAUUAACUGAAGAAGGAAAGACCACUCGCACCGCUCAUACACACACUCAUGCAGUUUCUUCCUGUGAAAAUGACUGUAAAUACACAGCAGUAGUGGAUUUUUAAAAAUGCAUUUAUAUUGUAAAGUCAUGCAGCAUAUGAAGACUCAUUAGCAAUAUUUUAACUUGAACUCUAUUUAUACAAAGUAAGCUUUAUCUAUUGUCUUGUUUUUGUCGGGCCUUCAAAGUUUUAGCGUGGUCGCCGGGCGUUUUCUCGCCUCGCACUUUAAACCGGACUGAUCUGGACACCAUGUUGCAGAAUGGAUUCAGAGUUUGUGAAUGAUGACUAGGAGAAAAGUAAAAAAUAUUGCUGGAAAAAUCAAUACAUUCACAGAAAAGUAAGUAGAGGAUUUGGACUGUUUUACUGCUGUAAACAUGUUUGCAGUGGGCUCUAUAAAAAAACCUGAAAAGCGUUAUAGACAAAUGUUAAGCAUAUCAUUCGGGAAAAUGAUUAACCACUUUAUAAAUUGACAGAUAAUCAGUCGAUAAACUGAUCAGAUUUAACUGUUUGAAAUACACUUUUUAAACUCUGCCUUCAAUGUCUAUCCAGGGUCUGCUUCUAAAUCCAGUUAGUUCUCUGUGUUUAACUUUAAUGUAAAAGUUUAUUCCUCAACAGUAUUUAGUUUGUUUUCUCGCCUGUCUCCAACAAUAUCAAAAAAAGGUCUAGAUUAGGGGUGUCCAAACUGCGACUGGGGGCCAACUGCAGCCCGUUGUCCAUUUUGAAUUGGCCCGCAUCAAAUCUUAAAGUAAAAUGGAAUAUGGCCCACACCUGAAACUUGUGCAAAUCUUAUAUUGUACUUCCUAAAUAUCUACAGCUCUGAAAAGAAUUAAGAGACCACUGCAGCAUUAUCAGUUCCUCUGGUUGUACUUUUUAUAGGUAUGUGUUUGAGCAAAAACAAUAAAAAAUGGAUUGUAUUUUAUAAACCACUGACAACAUUUCUCUGUGUUGGAAUUCAACAGACCCUGGAAUGGCUGCCAUACAUGUAGAGAUUGAGAUUUAAGAAAAAAUGGGAGAGGUCUCUUAUUUAUUCCAGAGCUGUAUGUACAAAUAUCUUACACUUUAUUCAUGUGUUCAUAACAAAUGAGGCUUCGUUUUAAGCAAGGAGCUGCCAACACUUUUUGUAGCUAAAUAAAUAAAUCCCAUUCAUGGAUGGCAUGAAGGCUGUAAUUGUCUUUAAGCAUAUUCUAUAAUCAAGAAUAUUCUAGCUACAUUUCAUUGGCUUUGCUAACUUAUAAGUUUACUGAUGAGGCAAAAUAACUCACCUCUACUGAGGGGCCCAGCCCUUCCUAUAGUUCUCUGUAUGUGGCCCUCAGUGAAACAUGUUUGGACACCCCUGGUGUAGAUAUUGAGUUUACUUCCCCAGUGGAGCACUGCGCUGGACAUAUCAGUAUUACUGCUCAUCAUGUUUGUCCUAAGAGUGCCGACUGUUGGGGUGAAUUCCCUCACUACAGUAUGAACACUUUGUCCUCAACAUACAGAAGCUGCUCUGAACCCAAAUGGUAUGUCAGCAUAUCCUCUCUCCUGUACCCCUUUUUAAAUGAUACACAUUCUGGCAGCCAUGUUGGAGGUUUACAGUUCUUUAAGUCGCAUAUCUUCUGAGUUUAAUUUUCAUAUUGUAUCCUUAAUGAGUCAGUUACUUUACCUUUUUCACACCAAAGGAAUCGCUCACACCACUGCAACAGAGGACAAAAACAGGUUUUUCCAUAACGUCUAAAAAACGUUGUUAGGAGGUUAUUUGUUGGUGAUAUCCCAGAAGAAGAAGAAGCUUCACCAGACUCUCUCUAAUUGUUUGAGUUGUCAUGCACGAACCAGCCUCUGAAUGUUCAGCCUGUGAAGGUGUUGAAUGACUUAGAUCUCUGCUUCACACUCACAGAGGGGCUCCCACAGCCUGAUGAGCACGGAGAUGUUUGGUGGUUUCUGAAUUUUUCUUGAUUUUGUGAUUGUCAUUGCUUUGUGUUUUUUAUAUCAAACCAAAAAUGGAUCCUCAUAUCAGUGCCCAAAGGAAAUGUUCAUGAUGCAGUCAGAGCGGACAGGACCUGUUUGUUGUUACAUGUGUAUGUAAACCACCUUGAAACCACCGUCUAAAACCUGAUCAAACAUGCUGCUGGCACUCUGUAGGUAACCUUCCUUUCUAAUGCAUCACAAAUGCAUAAAUGUCAAAAUUGAACCUUUAUAAAUGUCCUCAUGUCCCCCCCACCCCCACUCUGUUUCCUUUUCCUUUUUUUUAUGUUUGCAAAUGUAACAUGCUGAAGUUUGAAAAUGUCACUUGUAUUUCUGGAAGUAUAGAAACAUCGCUGUACACAUUUGCACAUAUCUACUUCUGCAUUUUUAAAGCUCAAGUUCUGAUUGUAUUUCUAUCAAAAUAGCGGAAAGGAAACACAUUUUUGACACGUUAAAGUUUUGAAAAAAUUCUGUGAGGGAAAAUGAUACCAAAUACAUUUUGAAUAGAACUGGAUCCAAGCCGGAGAUGAACUACAUUUCUUGUUUCUGAAUGUUAAUCUAAACGGAUGACUGACGCCACGGUUGAAGGAGGACCCUCGAGUCUAGACUAUUGACGGUCUCAUGAAUGUCAACCAUGUGUGAUUUGUGGAAAACUAACUGGAAAAAGUCAGGAAGUUGCACUUUUCCUCUGAAGAGGGAAGAGGGCUACGAUGUCAGCUGCUGGAAAGAAAAAAAGCUGCCAUCCAUCUGUGGAUAUCUGUUGUGUUUAAAGUUGUACAAAUGAAUGAUUUUGCAGGAUCUGGGGCUGUGUACAUUUUGAAUUGUUAGCCCUUUGUAGAAAUCACAUUUUAUAACAUGUGGUGGUCCUGUACAGCAACCGGAUCCACAGGACUGUUUAUCUGUAAAUAAAAUCACUUACACUCA